AGGUAAAAUAAGAUGGUCAAGAAAAAAUGAAAAAAGUCAUCAACCAGAAAAAAAAAAUCACUGCUGAUAACUGUUAACUUUUGAAUACUACUUACCGGUACUAGAAUUUAGUCUGGUAGAAAAAUCAGAUCGAGUCAAAAUGGCUGAGAGUGUUAAGGCCCCACUUCAUUUUCCGUGUGCAGCACGAGUAAAAAUGCCACAAAUAGGCUCAGAAGAUUCUGAUUUUAUGAUCUCCAGAUCCAAAAUAGAUCAGAGUUCAAGUUUGAGUAUACAGAGAGCUAUUAGUUUUGAUAUCUCUGAGAAAAACCACUACCCACUUGAAAAAACAUACAUCAACCAAAUAAGUGGAGAUUUGGCUUUUUCGGAAGAUGUUGUUCGCGAUCGUUGUUUUCACAUGUUACCAUAUGAUGAUAAAUAUUUCUGGGAAGCAAUAGACGCCAGUCAACUUAUUCCAAUUCCACCCAAAAGAAAUUUAAUCGUUGGACGUCACAAUGCCAGUGGUACUGAUAGGAGACACAUGCCUUGUAUUCCUGGUAAGCAAAAGACGCUGAAACCAUUGAAGAAAAAAGUCAUGCAUAAAGCAUUAAAGAUGCACGAAGACGCUGUCUUGAGGGGAAAGAUUGAAAGAGAAACUUCAAGCUUAAGUUCUGAAGGAGGGGAGGUAGGAACUGAAGAAUCAGAAGAACAAGCAUUUUUUAUGACUGAAAUUGAUGGCCAAAAACCGUUAACAAAGAAAAAGGCAGAAACAAAACCCAAAACUGACACCAACGUGAAAAACGAAACUGAGAGUGCUCAAGCAGUUGAAUUGGAAUCGUCUAAAGAAAAGAAACAUGAUUGGGGAGCGUAUUUAAUGUCUGUAAUCAGUCCGAUGACAGCCAAUUGGAUCGUCCAUCAAAAAAUGACCUGCAAGGAAGGGCGUGAAGAUUUGAGUAAAUUAUUAGAAGAGUGGUAUGGUAAACCAGAACACACUGAUUUAAUCCGUGAUGACGGCAGCGAAACAGAAUUUCAAGUUAAAAAUAAACAAAGUAAAAAACAACCUAAAAAGAAGUGGAAGAAAGAAGAAGCUGUUUUAUUGGAGAAAGUUUUUAAAACCGACCAGGAACGAAAAGCCAGAGAUCCAUAUUCUGAUGAUAAUGAAGCCCCUUUUUAUCGUCAACCGGUUGGUUUUCGUAAACAAAGAAAAAAGAUAAAAAAGGAAGAAAUGGGUGCUAUUAACACCACAGCUCGAGAUAUUCAAGUAAAGAAAUAUGAAAUCCCUCCUCCCCCAACUCUACGAGAUUCGUUCAACCCUAAAGCUGGUGAUACAUUAAUAGAGACAGAUAAUAUGUUUGAAAGAGAAUGGUUGACAGGAACCGAACAGUUAUAUCAAGGUGAAAAUGAGGAAGUGAAGAUUGUAAUGUCCAGUCAGAAUAAAUAUGAAAAACAAUUACAGAAAGAAUAUCCAGGAUCAUCAGAGACAUGGUAUCCUGCUGACACUGAGGAAGGUAAAGUUGGUACUGAUGAUUCUCCAAGAUAUCAGCGUCCAACUAAAGGAGCUAGAAGAUGGAAAGCUUUACCUGAACCACUUGAUGAAGCAACAAAGAAGUUAAAAUGUCUACCAGCAGGCAGUGAACCAGUAGAAGUAGUACCAUCAGAUGCUGUUAUUAAAAAAGUUACAAAACAAAAUCCAGCACUUGCUCAAAUCAUUGAUGAAUGGCGAAAUAAAUGGCAACUAACUGGACAGUUUAUUGAUAGCAGUCCUGAAGAUCUUCUGCAAGAUAUGGCCGAUAUUCAACCUCAUGUUCGGCUUAAAGCCAUAGCAACUAUUGGCAAGGCAGCAGAAUACAAACCACCAAAAGAAGGCAGCUUGCAUCUAGAAUAUCAGGAACAACAGAAUAAUGCCAUCAAUAAUUUACCUGUGUUUUUAUUUGAGGCGUUAGAUUGUUUGUUAGAUGAUAAACAUGAUCAAGUUAAAAAAGCAGCAGCUGUAACAUUGUUCUCUCUUGAUAAACCGACAGAUAAGGCUGAACAAAUUAUACGAGGACUGUUGUUUAGUGAAAGUAUGGCUGACCGAUGGGCAGCCGCACAAUGUCUGGCUCAUUUUGGUGUUUGCGAUUCGGACGUAGCAGGGGAAGUAAUCCGACAGUUAUUGGCAACAGAAGAUUCAAUCAAGCAUGAACAGGCAAUUCAGCUGUUGGCCAAGAUGAGCGCAAGCACGACUCUGAUCCAUUCAUUGGUAGGAGAACAGUUAAAUAGUAGUAGUUGGAGACAUCGUUUUAUAGCCUGUAAAAUAUUUCCAACAUUAGAUGGUACUAUAAAUAAGGAUAUAACAAAUAAACUUUCUUACUUGAUGUGGAAAGAUUGGCACGUUGAAGUACGGAAAGCCGCUGCCCAGACACUUGGUAAAACAGGUCAUGGACGUGAUGUUCAUGAUGAUCUGAAAGAUAAAAUAAUGGGUGAUGAUGAAAGAUUAAAAUUAGAAGCCAUUAGUAGAGUUGGACAUCUUGGUAUAAUGACAACUAAACUAUUACCAGCUAUAUUAGAUUGUUUUGAUAAUGCCUAUGUUUCUGUUAGAAUGGAAGUUUGUAUAACUUGUGGUAAUCUAUUAAUAAAAGAUGAACAAAUUCUAAAUAAACUACUAUAUCUGGCGACCUUUGACACUACAUGGAAAGUCAAAGCCUUAGCUAUUCAAGCUCUAGGUAAAAUAGGUAUAUCUAGUCAGAAGAUAAUAGAUAGUUUAUUGUGGGCAUUACGAUUUGAAGAAGAAGCUGGUGUCCGAGCUGAAGCGUGUCAUUCCUUAACUCUACUGGGUUACAAGGAAGAUGAUUUUAUAGAAAUACUUCAGGAAAGAUUGUUAGUUGAAGGAAGUUCUGUUGUUAGAGAAGAAAUGAGUUCAACAUUAAAACAACUUGGAUACAGUAGUAAUGAAGAUAUUGAUACAGUGGCACAGAUCAAAAAUGAAGUACGGAAACUAUGUGAUCAGAGCAUCAUCGCCACUCAGAUUCUUACAAACGAGAAAAAUGAAGAAAAACAGAAAACCUUGUCAAGAAUGAUUUAUAAAGCUCAAGAAGAAGUAAUUCGAUUUUUCUAUCGAUCUAACAAAUAUCUACGGAUGAACACCAAGUCUGAUUUAGAUCAUAGAAUGGACAGUAAAUGUACUUUACAAGAAAGAAAGGAGAGAGAAAACAUUAGAGAUGAAGUUUUACAAAAAAUUAAAGGACGAAGUCAGAGUAGCAGUGGUUCAUCUGCCAACUCUAAAUCCAGAAAUGAAACAUUGACACCAAACAGGGAGGUAGAGAUCAUUUUGUCACGCCCUGAUGCAGAUUAUCAAUCUCCAAUCAUAAAUGCACCCUCAACCCCAGGUACAAGACCUUCAAGUCAGUCAUCAGAAAAUGAUGAUGAAGAAUCAGAAUCAGAAAGUCAAAGACCUUUGACAUCUGCACUAUCCAAUAGGUCACAUAUGGAUCGAAUACCUGAAGAAAGCGAUGGAGUUGAAUUUAAAACUGAUACAGAUCUAAAAUCUGAUUUUGAUUUAAAUUCUCAAUUUGAUACAAAGUCAGAAACAGACGAUACAAGGUCGUAUUUCACUUCUGAGGAUAAGUCAAGACAACCAACCAGAGAAAAUGAAGUUAGACGAGAUGAUGGUGAUGGUGAAUCACUGUUGAGUGAUGUAGCAAGCAAAGAUGCAGGUGAUGGUGAAUCACUGUUGAGUGAUGUAGCAAGCAAAGAUGCAAAGGGAGAACAACCUGUUGGUAUUAGAAUCGAUUCCACGGAUUACAGAUCUCCAGUUACGCCAUCCUAUGGAGAGAGGAGUAUGGGUAAAUCUUCAGACAGACGCACUCUAAUGAGUAGAGAAACUUUGCGUGAAAGGGAGAGAAUAAAUGCAGAAGCCAGAAAAAGUUUGUUAACAUUGAAUGCGAGAUAUUCGUCUAUGAUUGACAAUUUAAGAGAGAUUGACGAGGGUUUAAGUGCAAACCAACCAAUUAAACCUCAGAAAGAAAAUUUGUAGUCAGAAAAAGUUGUUUCCAAAAAUAUCAUUUAAAUAAAUUUAUUUGAAUUCCGGUUGAUUUGAAACCGUUAUUAAAAUUAACAGACCACAAAAAUCUAGCAUUACUGUGUAAUGACUGGUUAGAAUUUCAAGUUUGCUCGCCAAGUUGUCAAAAAAAUAUCUGCAAAAAUCUAUAAGCUCUGAUAAUUAUUUUAAGAAAUGCAAAAAUGGUCCGAACUUUUAUGUGAUUUGCUUGCAAUUUCCAAAUUAACGCCUUUUGUACUUAAAGUUCAGAUAACCAUAAAAUUCCCAAUAGUGUGGUAAUUGCAUUUAUCAUGCUAUUCACUUCAAUUUAAACAUAGGCCAAUUUUCUUUUUUCCAAUUUAUAUGGCAAGCAUUUCACAUCAACUGAAAAGGGUUGUUUCUUUACAUUUUGACAGGAAAAUUGCAUGUAUACUUAAUUUUAGACUCUGUUUAUGAUUAAAAGGGCCUCAAGUAUAUAGUUUGUAAAAUUUCAUUUGGCUGUAAUCUGUUUUAUCUAGUCCUGUUCUGGAAUUUAAUUCACUCAAUCCCUUUAAAGAUGUCAAUCAAGUAUCUACCAAUCCAACAGGUUUUCCAAGCAAGGAAUAAUAUCACGAUUCACCAGUCUUCUCUCAACUCAAAAUUGAGCCCCCUGUAAGAGAUUUUUUAAAUUUUCCGAACUCUGUCUAUCUACACGUAAUCCUUUAUAGUUAAAUGUUUGUUUUUUAGUUAUUUUAUUUAUAAAUGGCGUAACUGUGAUAAGUAUACCUGCUGAUUAAUUGUUGUGAUAUAUUAUUUUGUGUAUAUAUAUAUUUAAAUAAACGAAAGAAAUAUU